AUGAUAUCUUGUAGGGCAGGGCAGCUCUUACUAAGGGCCCCCCAACCUGGGGGGCCCCCUGCUCUAUUACCCAGGCGUCUCUUUGCUGUUCUUCACGAUCCUUGUCUUCCUAAUUAUCCUCAGUCAUCAGAAGCAAGCCGAGAGUCAAGACAAGCGCAUGCAGGGGGUCUUGGGGGCCCCAUGGAGGGGCCCCAGGGGUCUGGCUCUGCUGCAGCAGCAGCUGGAUCUGCAGCAACAGGAGUACCUGGAGCAGCAGCAAAUGCUGCUGCUGCUGCUGCUGCUGCUGCUAAUGCUGCUAAUGCUGCUGCUGCAUACGGGGGGGCCCCCAAACCACCUUUCGAGACGCCUGUGGGGCCGCUCCCAGGCGUACCCUACGAUCCCCUGCAGCAGCCUCCACCUUACAUGCAGUUUGGAGCUGCAGAUACACCUCACGGAUCAUAUGGUGAGGCAACAGGAGCUGCACAUACACCCGGAGGUGCAGCAGCAGAGGCCCCCCUAUAUGGGGCCCCACCCUUUGGAUAUUAUUCACCUUCUAUACCUCCUUUCCCUGCUUAUUCUUUGGGGGCCCCCCUUUAUGCGCAUGCAGCCCCACAAGGAAUAGGGUACUAUGGGCCCCCCCCUCCUUUAGGGGCCCCCUAUGGCAGCAUGGGGCCCCCAUAUGGGGCCCCCCCUGCUGCAGCAGGAGCAGCAACUGGUGCACCUCAUCAACAAGGUUGGAUAGGAGGAGGAAAUCAUCAAGGAGGCUCAUGGGGGCCCCCAAGGGCCCCCAGCGGGCGAAGCAGUGUACCCUCAGUAGAGGGGGGGGGGCCCUCUACCCCAUUAACAGCAAGAGAGAGACAGCGCUUGUUUCUAGGGGCUUCUAUAUUAGCUGAGCUCGACGCAUUAGAGAAGAAAGGCUCUUUUGUAUUGCUUCUGAAGGGUGUUAAUGAAGGGAAGCAGACAGGUAGGAUGGGGGCUAAGGAGUUGUUAUAUGUAACGAAUGUACUCAACGAUAUGUUAAGACAAGAGACACAAGAGGAGACAGUUGUAGACUUCGAUCUGCUGCUGCAGCAGCAACUGCUGCUGCUCCAGCAGCUACUCAAGCUGCUGCAACGCGGCCGCAGCAAUUUGCUGCCGCAUGAUGUUGCUCUGCUAGCAGCAAAUGGUGCUCGUCUGCAUGCAAACUUCUGUAUGAAUUUCUUAACUCAUAAACACACUCAGAGGGCUCAGCAAGCCCUGAGGGCCCCAUCAAAGGGUCUCCGAAAAGCGUUGCAGCAGGCUGCAGCAGAACCAGCAGCAGCAGCAGCAGCAGCAGCAGCAGCAGGAGUAGCAGGAGCAGCAGCAGCAGGAGGGGGUGUUGAAGCCUGGCUAGAGGGUCCCUUCUCUGUUGGAGUGUAUAGGGGGCUCUGCGACUCUCUUAUAUCAGAGUUUGUCUUUUGCUGUGCUAAGAGAUUGCAAGACAUCCCACCUUCAACGCAGCCUUCACAUAUAAGGGCUCUUCCUACUUUGCUGCGAGCUGCUUCUGCUCAGCUGCUGCCUCGAGACAGCAGCAGCAGCAGCAGCAGCAGCGGCAGCGGCAGCGGCAGUCAGCAGCAGCAGCAGCAGCAGCAAUAUACCGCUAAAAGAGUUAAAGCUGUGUGGGGAGACCUACUAGAACGGGUCUGCCCCUUACUAGGGAGGUUCGAUUUGCUGCAGCUGCUGCAAGUGCUGCAGGGUGUGGGGGCCCUCAGCAGCAGAAAAAUUAUCAAAGACAACGAAUUACUCACGCUCACACAAGCUGCUGGGGCUCUGCUCGAACAAGAGAGAUUUGUUGCAGAAGUUGCGGAGGGGCAGCGCAGCAGAGUGCUGCAAGAAGUUUUUAAGUGGUGCUUAGAGACGCCUGUCCCCUUUGGCUUUGUUAAACAUAUCGCCUGGAAAGCAAUUCGUCUGUUUAAACUUAAUGUUCGCUGGCUGUCAUCGAACGAGACUGCGCGUCUAUUGCCUCUUAUCUGCGCUAACCGUCUCCUUUGGCGUUUUGGGGGUCUUAUCUCGCAUCUCCUCCAGGAGGCGAAGGGCCUGGAGGAUGUACCGAUGGGGCAGUCGCUUGUCUUUGCGCGUCUGUGCUGGGCUUUGUGUGCAAUGCGGGCCUUUGACCCUGAGGUAGCAGGAGACAGUUGGAGUGCAGCAGAAGCAGCAGCAUUGCUGCAGAAAGCUAUUAAUAGAGUGGAGACAGAGCAUCCUGCAUCGCUUGUGCUGCUACCG